UAUAAUGUUUCUGCCUUCGCUUCCUUGUUUUGGAGAAUCCAAUCACAGGAUGUCAAACGACUCCACGAUGCCGCCUCCGUCUACUGACAGCAACUCCGACGCUGUCCAGCUGUCGGAAAAUCCGCCAUUUCCGCCUCAUCUGAACACCUCCGAUACCAUCUCCGCUGGACGCGCCUCCUCACCACAACAAGCCGUGACCGAGUUAUCGAGCAGAAAUGGAGUAGCAGAUCGAUUAUCUGACGAAAUUCCGGAAUUACCUCAGUUCAGCGUUCUUGACAGCAAGGCGUACGCUGAUAAAUACCGAAAGUAUGAAUCCGAAUACACGCAGAUGCUAAUGGCAAAAUACUUCUCCGUGAAGAAUAUCUACGGAGGGAACAUCUUCGAGGAGAAAACGAUGAUAGGCGGUGAGACCAUUAUGUCUAGCAGUUUUAUAGGUGGCCUUGCACGCGGUCGUAUGCCCAACCGAUGCAGUGCUUUCAUGAACAAAACAACAAAGACUCGGCUUACUCGGACAAACCCCCCGGCGAAAUCUCCAAUGGAGAUGUUCAAUCAGAGAAGAACAAAUGUGAUGUGAUGCAACUCCAAGUUACGGAUGUGAGGUAGUGGGGGAGCCAGUAGGAGCUGAUGAAACCUAUAUUGCAUUUGUUGUAUACAUGUAAGCCCUGUUUUAGCAGCCACAUAUGUAGGGGGCUGUUGAAUAAUUUGCUAGAUAUAUACACAAUACAAAUCAUCUAUACUACUACCGCUACAUACCCAAGGUCUAGGCC